UCAGCUUCACCAUCCCAACUAGAAGACAACAUUAGCAGCUGCCUUCCUCCUUCCUUUACAAACCAGCAAAGCGAAGCAAUGAUCGUAAACCAAAUAAACCCAAAACCUCUCAUCCAUUGAUCCAUCCUUCAAACCCCCCUUUUCACCAUGUUUCGCACUCUUUCCCUUAAGCGCUCUUUCCAAACCCACCUCAAAACUCUCAUCCAUUGCCCUCAACCACCUCCUCCACUGCCGCUCCCUUUCUCUCCAAUCCGCACGCUCUCAACCGCCUCUUCCUCCGACUCCGAGCUCCGUAAAUACCUCGGCUACACCGCCCUCCUCAUCUUCUGCGGCGCCGCCACUUACUACUCCUUCCCGUUCCCCGACAAAGCCAAGCACAAAAAGGCCCAAAUCUUCCGUUACGCCCCACUCCCGGACGACCUCCACACAGUCUCCAACUGGAGUGGGACCCACGAGGUCCAGACCCGACAUUUCCACCAGCCCGAGAAUCUUCAGCAACUAGAGCAGUUGGUUAAGGAGUCGAACGAUAAGCGGACUAAGGUUCGGCCCGUCGGGUCUGGGUUGUCUCCGAAUGGGAUUGGGUUGGCCCGUGGAGGGAUGGUGAAUUUGGCGUUGAUGGAUAAAGUGGUGGAGGUGGAUAAGGAGAAGAAGAGGGUGAGGGUUCAAGCGGGUAUAAGAGUGCAGCAAUUGGUGGAUGAGAUUAAGGAAUAUGGCUUAACUCUUCAGAAUUUCGCUUCCAUUAGAGAGCAGCAGAUUGGUGGCAUUCUUCAGGUUGGUGCCCAUGGUACUGGAGCAAAAUUGCCUCCCAUUGAUGAACAGGUCAUUAGCAUGAAACUUGUUACUCCUGCCAAGGGAACGAUUGAGCUUUCAAAAGAGGAAGACCCAGAGUUAUUUUAUUUAGCUCGCUGUGGUCUUGGUGGCCUUGGAGUGGUUGCUGAAGUCACCAUUCAAUGUGUUGAAAGACAAGAGCUUGUGGAGCACACAAGUGUCUCAAACAUGAAAGACAUCAAGAAAAACCACAAGAAGAUACUGUCUGAGAAUAAGCAUGUCAAGUACCUCUACAUUCCCUACACUGACACUGUUGUGGUUGUGACGUGCAACCCUGUUUCAAAAUGGAGAGGUCCACCCAAAUUCAAACCCAAAUAUACUAAGGAUGAGGCUAUGCAACAUGUUCGUGAGCUCUACAAGGAAUCUCUUAAGAAGUAUAGGGCUAGAGAAAUUACUUCUACAUCUCCUGAUAGCAAUGAACCCGAUGUAAAUGAGUUUUCAUUCACAGAGUUAAGAGAUAAACUGCUUGCUCUUGAUCCUCUCAACAAAGAUCAUGUAAUGAAGGUUAAUCAUGCUGAGGCUGAAUUCUGGAGAAGGUCUGAGGGAUAUCGAGUUGAAUGGAGUGAUGAAAUCUUGGGCUUUGAUUGUGGGGGGCAACAAUGGGUAUCAGAAAACUGUUUUCCUGCUGGAACUCUUUCCAAGCCUAGCAUGAAGGACCUUGAGUAUAUAGAAGAGCUGAAGCAACUCAUUGAGAAGGAAGAAAUACCUGCUCCUGCUCCUAUAGAGCAGCGCUGGACAGCUUGCAGCCAGAGCCCGAUGAGUCCUGCUUCAAGCUCAGCAGAAGAUGACAUAUUUUCAUGGGUUGGUAUUAUCAUGUACCUUCCUACAAUGGAUGCUCGUCAGAGAAAGGAAAUAACAGAAGAAUUCUUCCACUACAGGCAUCUUACACAGGCACAGUUGUGGGAUAAAUAUGCUGCAUAUGAACAUUGGGCUAAGAUUGAGGUUCCAAAGGAUAAGGAAGAACUUGAAGCUCUGCAAGCUAGGCUCAAAAAUCGUUUUCCAGUGGAGGCAUAUAACAAAGCAAGAAGGGAAUUGGAUCCCAACAGGAUCCUUUCUAAUAACAUGCUGGAGAAGCUGUUUCCAUUAUCAGAUAAUGUUUGAAAAGCACACCCUAUUGGUUAGUUCUUUAUUCAUUGCAAAUCUUAUGAAUUUUAAAAUGGCAUAUGGCCUGUACUUUUGGCCAAUUUAGUGGAAGCAUCUUCAGCAAUAAGCUUGUACACCAAAAUAGAAGGAUAUUAGGACAUUCCAUGUAUUAUUUAGAAUUUUUAUACGAAUUAUAUGUCCUUCCAAGUGUGAGUACUUAUUGAUGCUACCCAACAUUCAAUCAAGUUCAACUGGAUCUGUGGUCAGUAAGUAGAAAAAGUAAUUUUGAGAGUAAUUUCGGAACUGUAUGAUAUUAGUUCUACCUUAUAGGUUAUUCCCUUAAAUAAAGUUCAUAAAUUAAUCUUGUA